AAACAAACGAUCUCGGAGAAAUAUUCACAAUCAUAUUCAAGUUGUUCGUUCGCGCGUUCGAGUUCCAGUCCAGAAAGAUUUGGAUUUCCAUAAGUUGUUCUUCAGCCUCAGAUCGAGAGAGUCCGGCGCCAUGUCCGUUUCACACUUCAGGGAGCAGCUCGCCCUGUGCAUCACCCUGGCAGUGCUCGCCGCUGCCAGUGGCGACUACCAGGCCAACAUGUUUCUAAAUGGCCAAUAUCAGAACGGCAUCAAGGACCAAAAGGAGAACCACCUUUCAGUAAACCCCGCGACGAACGUGUUCCUCAACCACGCCAUAAUCAGCAGGCAAGCGUCGCCCUUCCAGGGCCCAACCUACCUGCCUCCCAAGGAGUUCCUGAAGUGCGCUCCCGGCCAGCAGUGCGUCCGCAGUGGUCAGUGCCUGAACGGAUUUUUCGCCCAGCAACUACCCAAGAUUCAAAACUGUGAUCCGGAAACCACUGUCUGCUGUACUUAUAGGGCGCCUCCUACCACCACAACAACCACUACUCCCGUGCCAGUGGCAAUUUGUGGCCACGACUCCGAUUGUGUGACUCCGGACAACUGCCGGAACGGCGAGAUUAGCGCCAUAAACUACGUAAAGAAGCAAGGACCCAACCGCUGCCCUGCCCCUAAUACAUGCUGCCGCAUACCCUCGACCACGCUAACGGAGGAUGGCUAUAUUUUCAACCUUCCGGAGAAGACCUUCCCGCUGCCGACGAAACCAGCAGUGCUCGCGGUGCGCUCCACCCAGGCGCCGCUCCGCCCGCAGCCCACGACUGCUGUGCCAGCUUCUCGACCCACCAUUGAGUAUCUGCCGCCCUCCACCACACAGCAUCCCAGUUACGAGAACGUCCAGACAAGCCGACGUCCAGUCUACUUGCCACCUUCCCCGGCCACUGAAUCGGCCAGCAGUCUCAUCCCACAAGUUAGGCCGAGGCCGGAGCCACGCCCCCAGCCGACGCGCCGGCCUACGAACGAGUACCUGCCGCCUGCGGCCGCUAACGAAAUCCCUCGGUUCGAGCCUGACCGCGCUCCGCAGCCAUCGAACCAGAAGCCAAUCUACCGCGGAGAGGACCAGCUGUCGCCUCAGAUCUUUCCCACUCCCCAGCCAGCCAAUGUCCCAAAACACUUCGCCAAGUGCGCCUCCGCCUUAGUGUGCACCUCUGAGAACUUCUGCAACGCCAUCGGAGUGCUGUCUGAGACCCCCGUAGAGCUGUCUCCCAUGGAAGCGGCUUUCCGAGUGCCCCUUACGGACUGUUUGCAGACAGAGAACGGCUCUCCCGGGAAGUGCUGUCGUGACCCUAACUACGUAGACCCCUGGCCGGUUAACUUAGCCGGAGUGUGCGCGACAAGGAACAAGCGAACGAAGCCCACGGGAGUUAAGGAUCUGGAUGCAAACUUCGCCGAAAUCCCCUGGCAAGCCAUGAUCUUGCGCGAGUCCAGUAAGACGCUUAUUUGCGGAGGAGCCAUUAUCGGAGACCAAUUUGUUCUGAGCUCCGCCAGCUGCGUAAAUGGCCUUCCGGUGAGCGACAUUCGUGUUAAGGCUGGCGAAUGGGAGCUGGGCAGCACGAACGAGCCUCUGCCGUUCCAGCUGACAGAAGCCAAGACCAUCGACGUCCAUCCCGACUACGAUCCGUCGACAAACGCCCACGACUUGGCCAUUAUCCGACUCGAAAGACGUUUGGAGUUCGCAUCCCACAUCCAGCCCAUCUGCAUAAGCGACGAGGACCCAAAGGAUUCCGAGCAAUGUUUCACCUCUGGCUGGGGAAAGCAGGCGUUAUCUAUACAUGAAGAGGGCGCUCUAAUGCACGUGACCGACACUUUGACGCAAGCACGCAGCGAGUGCAAUGCCGACUCCAGCAGUGUGUGUAGUGCUACCAAGUUCGACUCUUGCCAAUUCGACGUGGGAAGCGCGCUUGCCUGCGGCAGCGGCUCCAGCGUCCGCCUCAAGGGAAUCUUCGCCGGUGAGAACUCCUGCGGAGAGGGGCAGACAGUGCGUUUUGCCAAGCCGGACAUUAAGUGGAUUAACACGGCGUUCGCCGAAAACAACAAGCCGCUCCUGCUGAAGAGAUUUUGAGAUGGACCUUUAUUUGGACUACGACCAAGGAACGAGAAAAUGUUUGCAUCCCGAUACUACAGAUAAACAGGGUAAAUAACCCAAACGCGCUGAGGGGUUAUGAACUUGCCAUUGCGAUUUCGUUGGAGCUCAAAGAGGAGGGCAUUCGAUAUGGUCAAUUUAUCUAUUUUGUUAAAACACACAAGGUUGCUUUCUGCGAAAGCAUUUUUGUUUCCAGAUCUGAAAUCAACAUCUUCACAAUACACUUCUAAUAACUUUGUCGUCUUCACAAUACACUUCUAAUAACUUUGUCGUAAAUUAUAAAUAGAAACGUUAGGUGGGAACGAGAAGUCGUUUAUAUACGAAAUUGAUUGUGUAUAAUACAAGCUCGCGAGCCCAAGCUGUCAAACCCAUUUAAAUAGUCUUUUUACUUGUCCACAUGCUGAAUGCAGCUCCAAUGAAAAAGCUACAUUUUACUAUCUAGAUACAAUUUUUCUCAUUACCUUUACGAGUUUGUUCGAAUAUUAUCAUAUGUUGUAUGUAUAUAUACAUAUACGUAAAAUCUUAAUGUCAAAAAUAACAUUUUCUUCAGUGAGCGAGGCCAACGAUGUAGAGUCAUAGCUGCAUGAGUUUGAAUCAGUUUGUAUACAUUGCGUGCUCUCGAAGUACGUAUGUACAUAUGUUAACGAUUUCAGCUAUGGGGAGAUGUAAAAUACUUUUGUAAUUAUAAUUACUUUGGAGAAACCAACUCACCGCCAACCAACCACAAUUAAUAGAGAUUAUAUAAGUUUUAAGACGUGCACUUUCCAAGCAAAGGCCCUAAGCAAACACUUAAACCGUACAACGGAAUCUCCGCACCAAUAAAUUUAUUCAUAUUUAAAGUUUCCCUAUAUUAUAAAUUGAAUUAUAUUAUGUUUAAUGUGUCUAAAAAUAGCUUAUAAUUUAAUUAUUAAAUAAAGAAAACUAAGAUGUACGACA